GCCAAAGGAGUUCUCCAACGGACCCCUCCGUGGGCUGAGGGGGCGGGGAAAUUGUCCAAGGAGCCCCUCGGUGGAGAAGCCAAGACGCUGGGAGGUUGCUGGUGCAGCUGCCUAGGGCGGCGUCACUGAGCCGCGCCAGCGGAGCCAGGUGCAGCCCCGCUCCUCUCGCCUGCCUUCUCUGCGGCUCGCUUCUUCACCAGGCGUUCCUCGAGCCUUUUCCAUGCCCCCGGUGGAUGCAGCCUUUCGCACCCUCCACGCCCAUGGCCACUAGCCUGAGGAGGCCGUCUUUUACCGCCUGUUCUUCCUCCCUUCUGGACGCGGACGACGAGGGCGUGCGUGGCCCUUGUGAAGAUGCCACUCUGUGCAAGCGAUUUGCGGUGAGCAUUGGCUACUGGCAGGACCCUUGCAUCCCGCAUUUGGUGAGACUGUCUAAAGCGAGGAAGGCCCCCGAAAUUAACAGAGGAUAUUUUGCUCAUGUCCACAGUGUCAGUCAGCUUAUCAAGGCGUUUCUACGGAAGACAGGGUGCAACUGUCAAAUUCUAAACCUUGGGGCUGGGAUGGAUACCACCUUCUGGAGGUUAAAGGUACAUGAAAAUGUCCCCUCUUCUCUCUCCAGGGGAUUAAACUUCAUUUGCAAAAUUACCUG